AAUAUUUCUCUUCAGCAGACGAAAUUGUCAAAAUUUUUCUUUUAACUUUCUUAAAGAAUACAUUAUCGAAUCACAUCUUAUGUUUUGCAUUAAAAAUACAUUAGAUUAAAUAUUUCAUUAAUUUAAUAGAGAUGGCUUUCGACGUUAGGAGGUUUGAUAUUUAUAGAAAAAUUCCGAAAGACUUGACUCAACCCACGUUAACUGGAGCUGUAAUAUCUGUUUUUUGUUGCUGUUUUAUUGCCAUCCUGUUCCUUUCUGAAUUUUUAAAUUUCAUUACUGUUAGUGUGACCAGUGAACUGUUUGUAGAUAAUCCCGGUGAUAAUGACAAAAUUUUAGUCCAUCUGAACAUAACCCUGCCGAGGUUAUCUUGCUCAGUUUUAGGCUUAGACAUUCAAGAUGAAAUGGGACGACAUGAAGUUGGCUUUGUGGAAAAUAUUUUAAAAACUCCUUUGGGGCCAGAGGAACAAGGCUGUAGAUUUGAUGGCAGGUUUUAUAUUAAUAAAGUACCAGGAAAUUUUCAUGUUUCUACUCAUUCUGCAUCAGCUCAACCAGAUAACAUUGACAUGGCACAUAUUAUCCAUGAAGUCAGCUUUGGGACACAAGUGGCUGAUACUGUGAAAGGAAGCUUUAACCCUUUAAAAGAUACUGACAGAAGCAAUUCUAGGGAUAUUGAUUCACAUGACUACGUUAUGAAAAUUGUUCCUACAAUUUAUGAAAACCUCGAUGGUCUCAAAGUGCAAUCAUAUCAGUAUACAUCUGCUUACAAAAAUUCAGUCACUUUUAGUCAUACAGGACGAGUCAUGCCUGCUAUAUGGUUCCGCUACGAUUUAACUCCUAUAACUGUUAAAUAUAUUGAAACAAGGCAGCCUUUAUAUAGCUUUCUGACUACAGUUUGUGCGAUAGUUGGUGGAACAUUUACUGUGGCUGGAAUCAUAGACUCUUUGAUUUUCACUGCUUCUGGAAUUUUUAAGAAAUUUGAGCUGGGGAAACUCAGUUAAUUAGUAGCUAUUUUAUUAAUUUUUGGAAUCUCGAAUGCAAAAUGAUUGUAAGCAUAUUUGAUGGUAUGCUCUAUGAAGUUAAGUUCCAUUUUCCAGUUCUUCCUGUACCAGUAUUUUGUAUAGAAAAAACUAUUUUACAACUAUUUAAGUGAUUGCAUUUUGAAAUAUUUUUAUGUCUAUUUAUCAGAAAUUAUGUAAAAUUCAUAUUACUCAUGGCAUAUAGUCAGGGCUGCCGAGAGAGGGAGGGGGGGGGGCAGCAGGGGCAAAAUCUUCGGAGCUUGGCCCGAGAGGGGGCGCCUCCUCAGAAAUAAAAAAUUUUUUCAGAGUGUAUGCUGCUAACUGAACUUCUUUUUAGUGUUGGAAAAACAAAAACGUCUCCUAUUCAACUUGCUAGCCCAUUAUUCAACAUCUGAAUGUUCACUGCAUCAAGUGCUUGUGGACCAGUAGGGGGCUAUCUUGCAGAGACGUUUCUAUUAGGAAUUAAAACGAACUGUAGAAAGACCAGAAUGACAAACAGCACGCACUCCUUUCAUCGCACGCUUUCCUCCUUUUACCUGGGCCCAGAACACAGUCGGGUGGCAUCAAGGUAGGGGUUCCCAAACUUUGGGUCCCAAGCAUUUCUUAUGCGGUCGUGACAUUAUCCUUACAUUAAAAAAUAUAUCACUGCAUAGUUUAAAAAUGAAAAUACAUAGGGGAAAAUAACCUUCUAGAAUAGUAUCAAUACUUGAGCGCAGUGGCAAAUCCAGGCGAAAAGCUGUAGGAUUGCAGCACCCUCCCCCCCUUAUACCAGAGUACCUGAUCCCACAACAUCCUUUAAGAAAAUUUUUCAUUUUGGUUUCGGGACUUCCAUCCCUAUAAAUUUCCACGAAAGAGUUCGGAAUUCACCUCCCUCUAACAUCAUCUAAAAUUCCGUUUUUAGAACUUCAAUUUUGAAUAAUUUAUGUGAGAGAGUCUCUAAACCGCAGCCCUUAUCCUGAAAGAUGUUUUUCAACUGCAUUUUUAGGACUUAAUUUUGGGACUACUCCGGAAAGAGCCAAGAACCCCAUCCCAUCUCCUAACUUCAUCAAAAAUAGCCAAGAAAUGGGUUUUUAGGAUUUUAAAAUCAAAAAACAAUUUCACCCUCUUCACAUAAUUAAAGGACUUUUUUUGUUGUUGUUGUUUGGAGGGGUCCCGCAAGUCACUAUUUUGCCCCAGAGCCUGGGUUGAGCUCUCGGUGGCCCUGCAUAUAGUUUUACAUACUGAUUGUUCUACAAACUUGACUGUGAUUCAUUUAUAUUUCUAAAUGCUAAUCCUCUAUGACUAAGUACAUCUUUUUUCCUCCCUCUUAUUUUGUAAGAGAUCUCAGCGUGGAAAAGAAAAAAGAGAGAGGGGAAAAAAUUGAGCUAUUAGGUGCAUACUCAUUAGUUAUCUGAAGAUUAUGAAAUUUUAAUGAUUAUACAAAGUUUUGAUCAUUCAACCCAUUCAUCCCCUUUCAACUCAUUUAAAAUUUUUCUUAAAUGUUUUAAAGGUGCUUUAUUAUAAGCUUUUAUUUUUGUACUUGCUGAGCAAGACUAAUUUUUUUGUUUUCUUUGAAUAUGUAGCCUUAAUUUACAGAGGCUGUUCGCAUACUUUUUAAUGUGAAUUUGGUUGCAUGUAAAAAAAAAAAUCUGCUUAGAAAACUUAUUUUUCAUGUUUAUGAAAAAUUAUCUUAUUGCUACUGAAAUAUUUCAUUACUUUCAAAACUGUCUUAAAAGAACAAAUGGCCGGAAGACUAUAUUUUUGCACAUUGCAAAAAAAGGUAUUCAGUAAUUUAAAAAAAGAUGCCGAAGGUAUGGUUUUUCGAAGUAUCAAAAGUCAUUAAUGGUUAUACUGUAAAUAAGACCGAAAAAAAUGCAGGUUUUUGCAUAUUAAAUUCACAAAAGUGCAAAUGAUAAACAAUCACAAGUGCAUGAGUUAUUUAGAUUAUAUUUAUAAUAUGUAGGGGGGAAAAUACCUCUUUGCAUGCGUUGGUGUUCCAGAAUUACUCCAUCCCUUGGACAGAUCCUUGAUUGUAAUGAAUGAUCAAAACUUCAAUUCUUUUGCAUUUAUCAUAAAUUAAUAAUACAUAUUAUUUAGAAAGACACCGCACAUUCGUCUGCUGAAUUUGGUAAAUCUAACGUUGAAUUCAAUAGAUUUGUUGUGAGUGCUUUAUUUUUGUCCUGGAAUUGCCUCUUGUGAUUUUUGUCUCCUUUCAAGAACUCUUCUGUUUCUUGUAAGACAUUACUGUUACAGCAUUUAUACUAUAGGAAGGUAGUUCAGAAUAAAAGUAACUAGAAUCAUUAAAAUGCAAAUAUUUAAUGUAAUUUAUUUCUGUAAUGAUUAGACUAUGAAAAUUGUGUAAAAUAUUUGCGAACAUCCUUUGUAUAUGGUAAAAUUCAAAUGAUCACUGCAAAAAUAUUUCUUAUCUUUAUUUUAAAGUUUAAAAAUAAUGAAUUUGUUCAAACAAUUUUAAAGUUAUAUACCAAAUCCUUUUAACCACAAAAAAUAUUUUAAAUUUAAAAUUGUUGACUUUUUUCACGUUAAACUUGACAGGUAUUUUAAGAUAUGUAAAACUCUUUACAUAAUUUCAUUUCCAAUCCCAAAAAAUUCAUUUGCUGUGCAAAAGUAGACUCAUUAUACUUUUAAAAAAUCACUGUUAUACUCGUCCAUUUAGAUACUCUUUAUAUAUGCAUGUUUUGGACAAAUACUUGAUUUAAUCUUUCCUGAAUUAAUAUUAAUUUUACAAAGCAGUUAUGAAUCACUUGAAGAUAACUUGAUAUGAAAAAGGACUUACAAUGAACAUUGUUUUGCCACAAAGAACGAAUAAACAGCCCUUUUAGAAUAUCUCAUUGAUAUCAAGGGGAGUGCGCAACCUAACAGCAUACAAGUCGUAAAUAAGAAAUUUUAACCUUUUAUGACUAAUCGCUUUCGUGUUAUGCAAGGUUUAUUCAUAUGCACACACACACACAUACAUUCAAAAGUCAUUGAAAACUUUUUUAAAAAAUAGAUUCAGGGACAGUCAAAAUGCUUUUUUUUUUUUAGUCGUCUAUGACUUAUACACAGAAAUAAGUUUAGACAUCAUAAAAAAACUAAUCAAAAUGGAAUAAUUUUCAUGAAUAUUUUUUAUUAUACAAGGAAGCAAAAGGUGUAACUCCUUCUUUUGUCCGACUAAUAGGAAAUUUUAAUCACCAAGUAUUUUUCGGAUAAUCUGAGUUUUCAGGAAUCUCAGGUGGCGUAAACCCCAAUUACCUUGGAUUUUCAAGACUCUACUCUAUUGCAUUCUCUGUUCCCUUUUUUACCAUGAAAACAAAUUUUCAUUAAUUAAUAAUUUGUACCGUUGUAUUAACUAAUAUGUAUUAGUUUUGCAGGAGCAAAGCUAUAUUCAAUUUAAUAGAAUCUUUCCAAGAAAAUAAUAUACUAUUUUCAGCAUAUACAAAAGUACCAUUUUACAAUAUAAAAAUUCUGGAGGCAUCCCACUGAUGUUGUUUUAAACUGCUUUUUUGAUGGUAGAUCGAAAAUAUUUCGUUAUAUUCUUUGUUAGUAGUUUAUGCAUAAAGUCAAAAAGUGUUUAAAAAUUGAAAUUUUGUUAUGUUUCACAAAAAUUAUUACUGAAAUUUUUGUUGAGAAUAUUUGUUGAAAUAUGUUAGAACUUUUUAUCAUUUUGAGGGUUUUUUAUUGGAUUGAGGAGUUGUUUUUUACUGUUCUGUAAGGUUUAGGUUUAUAUGUUUGUGCGUUAUUUAUAUUGAAAGAGAGAUUAUUCUGUUUUUCUAUUUUGUGUAAUUAAAACCUAGCACUUUUCAAUUGUAUUUGUUUUCUGUAUAAAAAUAAAAGAAAUUACUAGUCAAAAAAAAAA